UAAGUGUCGUGUGCAGAUAAAUUGCAUCGUCUCGUGUUUAAAUAAUACUUUUCACAAUAAUUCCCUCACUGGGUCACGUGACAUUUCUAUGUUUCGUAUAGGCCUUACUUCAUAUAAUUAGGCUUUUUCGACUUUCUGUUGACUUAGGUCAGCAUGUGUACCAUGUAUGUCUCAAGACUGAAAUGGAAGGUUUAGGUAAACAUUGUCUGACGAUGUUAGUCCUGCCUCUAGUGACGAGCACAAAAGGAGUAACGGUGGACUCGGGUGUCAGAGCACUAAGCUGCCACCCCAGAGUACAACCAGACAGGUAUACAAGUAGUCUCGUUAAUCAAAUUCUUCCAAAAUGCAGAAGCUGGUGAUUGCCAUAGCGAGCGUUUUGGCCAUGCUUUGCCUUGGUUCUGGAGUUAUCAUUGGAUACUUCGUGGCGAAUAGAUCGCCAGUGGCUCCCCCGAACCGAGUGAAGAGGUCUUGUGACCAGGGAGGUACCUUCACCAGCGCUGCAGUUAAAGGUCACCUGGACACGUGUAUCGCUGGGUGCCGAGAGGGGGCGUGUCAAGCUGAUUCAUGUGAGAUACCACUACCCCGCACCUACGUCGCUUAUCACCUUCAGGGGAAGACUAUCAAUUUAGAUGGACGGAUUGAUGAGGAAGCCUGGUCCGAGGUCUCACAAACCGAGGACUUUGUUGAUUUACGAGGGUUAAAAUAUACGAAACCUCGCUUUGACUCCCGGGUAAAAAUAAGGUGGGAUAAUACAAACCUUUACGUGGCCGCCUUUCUCCAAGAGGAUGACAUCUGGGCAAAUAAAACACUUCACGAUUCAAAGGUCUGGCAAGACAAUGCUUUUGAGCUUUACGUGGAUACUGACGGGUCAACACACAACUAUAAAGAGUUCCAGGUUAAUGCAUUAAAAACCACUUGGGACUUGUUGCUAACAAAGGCUUACAUUGAUGGGGGACAGGCAGACAGUUCGUGGGAGAGCAAUGCUCAGAUUGGCCUGUAUACGGAUGGUGCCGUCAACGAUCCCAACUCUAACAAUGAGUAUUGGUCAGUGGAAAUCGCCCUGCCAUUCACCCAGUUACGAUGGAAGACUCUCCAGGCUAAUGAGGGCGCGCCCAAAGAUAUGGACAUCUGGAAAAUUGUAUUAGCCAGACCUGAAUGGGGUUUCCAAAUUGUUGAUGGACAAUACGUGAAGGAUGAAUCAGUGGAGGCUUCCUGGUGGUCAUGGCAACCGCAUGGCGCCGUCAGUCUACAUCUUCCGGAUAGGUGGGGACUGCUUCAGUUCAGUCGAGGAGCCGUGAAGUCAACGUCAUUCACACCAAAUGAACAGUGGAAGAUUUCCCAGGCGUUAUUUGAUGUUUUCAAUGCAAUGAAGAAAUACCACGGCGUGUUCGGGUUGUACACGGACGACAAAAGCAUGCUGGACCUACCGCAGUAUUUGCUAACCGGGUAUUGCGUAGAGAUUCCACAAAUAUCUCUCCUGGAUUCAGGAUUUGUUGUAUCUAUAAGUUCAAAAAAUAGGGCUUUGCAAGGUCAUAUUCGGGCUGACCGGUACCUUUGGUUCGGGGAUAGAGCUACCGGGCUAGCCAAAGUAUAAAAAAACGUUUGCCUUUUACUUAUCUGUCCACUGGCCACUUCAGCUUCGUCGUAUAGAGACGAAUUACUCAUUAUUUCAAAGGUUAAUGUUUAAAAGGGUAACAUCUUGGGCUUUACAUGUUCGAAACAUAAUCUUUCUCAAGCCCACAGCCUUUGUUUAAAUCCUAUUUACCUCAUGACCUUUUAUACACGUCCACGAACAAAACGCAUGUCUCGGAGCUGUAUAUGGACAUCAUGUGUAUUUGCUGAUGACCAACAACUUAAAAGUGUCAAACUAAAAAGGUCUUUGAAAGGUGUUAAUCGUAAGACGUAUUUCCACUUCCUAACUCGACAAUUCAAGGGCAGAAAUA